CUGGCCAACCUAAAGCAAAGCAGUCAGUCAGUCAGCUGUCUGCUAGCUCAGCAGAGCCAUCAUUGCAAACAGAAAACAGGUGAUUCUAUCUGAAAAUGGCUGCAAUGAGUGAAAUGAGGCUUGCCUCCAAAGUUCUGGAAUUUUGCCGCAUGAAUCCACGAUUCCAGGCGCACGGAAGCAGACUUUAUGCUACUGGGAAGGGAUCAUCAAAGAAUUCAUCAGCGGGUGCUGCAGGCUCUUCCACUCCUUCACCCAAUGUAACUGGCCUUAGUAAGAACGUAUUGGAUGUACCAAACACAGAGGUUGGGCCUGGCGCUUCCAAAAACACUGCAUACAAGAAUCCAGAAUAUUUCUGUUACAAUCAAACCUCUUACUUUGAAGCAGAGGUUGAAAUGCUUAAGUACAGGUGCCCUCAGCCAUCUGCUUUGACUCCAAAGUCGUAGAUUAAAUUAAUUAUUACUAUAAUUGAACUGAUUGUCAUAGCUUUCCCUUCAAUAUGUAUGUAUCUGUAAAUACAAAGUCUGGAGCGUA